AUGAAAAUACGACUUGUUAUUGUUUUUCUAUGUGUUCAUACAAUCUAUUCUCUCGAACUAAAAAAACUAUCAAGUUGUCAAACAGCAUUGGGAAUGCAAUCAGGUUCUAUACUUGAUUCAUCUAUAUCAGCAUCAAGCAGUUAUGAUUCAAAUAGUGUUGGUCCUAAAGCUAGUCGAGCUCGAACUGAACAGUAUGGUGGUGCAUGGUGUCCAUUGGGUCAAAUAACAUCAGUACCAAAUGAAUGGUUGGAAAUUAAUUUUGGAAAUUUAACUUAUUUAACACAAGUUGAAACACAAGGUAGAUUUGAUAAUGGACGUGGAAAAGAAUAUGCUGAUUAUUAUAUACUAAUGUAUACUCGAUCAAAUAAUAUAAACAAUAAUAAUAAUAAUGAUGAUGAUGCUGAUGAUGAUUAUGAUGGUGAUGAUUUAACAUCAUGGAUUGAGUAUAAACCUAAAAUAAUACAUAAUGAUGAUAACAAUUCAUCAUGGAUACGAGCUAAUCAAAAUACUUAUAUGGGUGAAAUUCGUCAAUUAAAUCCACCUAUUGUUGCUAAACGUCUUCGUUUUUAUCCUGUCAGUAAACAAACUCGAACUGUUUGUAUGCGUGUUGAAGUUUAUGGUUGUCUAUUUUCUGAUGGUAUUGUUUCUUAUACAAUGCCACAAGGACGAAAUGAUAUAAAUUCAUUAGGUGAUGAUACAUAUGAUGGAAAAUAUAUAUUAGAAACAAAUAUGUUAAUUGAUGGUCUAGGACAAUUAUCCGAUGGUAUAACUGGUUCAGAAGAUAUGUCAUUUAUUGAUGGUCGUCAACCAUGGAUUGGUUGGUCAAAUGAAUCGUAUACACAUGUAACAAUAAUAUUUCAAUUUGAUUAUAUACGUCAAAUGAAUCGUGUAACUAUUCAUACAAAUAAUGUUUUUUCAAAACAAAUAUCAAUAUUUAAAACAGCUGUUGUUACAUUUUCAUUAAAUGGUGAACGAACAAGUUAUUCAAAUGCAAUUAUUUCUGAACAAAAUCGUGAUGAAUUAUUUGAUAUUGCUCGUCCAAUAUUGAUACAAUUAAAUAAUCAUAUUGCUAAAUAUGUACGUUUAGAUUUAUAUUUUGAUUCAAAAUGGUUAUUAAUUAGCGAAAUAACAUUUGAUUCACAAAUUUAUAAUGAAAAAUUAGAUAAUAAAAAUGAUGAUUAUUUUUUAAAUAUUAAUCGACAAAUUUCUUCUUCUUCUUCUUCAUCAUCCUCAUCGUCUUUUUCUGAUCAAAUGAAAAUGGUUACAGAUAUACGUAAACGUCAUCGUGAUGUAUUACAAGCAACAACAUUAAUACAAGCAACAACAAAAUCUUCUCGAUCAACACAUUUUUCAUAUUUUAUUACAACGGAAUUAUCAUUAGCAUUUUUUAUUGGAGCAUCUUUAGCUAUUGGUCUUUUAUUAAUUGUUUCACUUGUAUGGUUAAUACGACGAAAGAGAAAACUUCAAUUUCAAAAAUUAACAGAAAAACCAUGUAAUAAUUCUUCAUGUUAUACAUAUCCAACAUUACCUAUACGUGAAUUUCAUGAUUUAAAUGCUCCGGUAGCAAGUGCUGUUGAUGAUCGUGAAUAUGCUGUACCAGAUGUUAAUAUCUAUUCAACAUUUACUCAUAGUCCACAUAUAAAUCUUCAUAAAAAACAUAUAUCACCAUUAUCAUCUACUUCAUCUUAUACAUGUAGUCCUCGAUUAAUUCGAACAUCAAAUAUAAAUCGUUAUCCAACAUUAAAACCUCUUCCAACACAUUGUUGUAUACAUCAACAAUAUUUAACAAUGCAACAUCGUCAACCAUCAAUAAAAUCGAAUUCAAAUAUGAUUUUAUAUUGUCAAACAGAAGAAUUUCCAUCAAUUGAAACAUUCUGUGGAAAUAGUUUAAUGAUAAAAAUAAAUUCAAUUAUUGAUGAUCAACAAAUAUCAAUAAAAGAAAUUCAUUCUGAUAAUAUAAAUAUAAUUGAAAAAAUUGGUGAUGGAUUAUUUGGUAGUAUACAUUUAGCUGAAAUGAAAUUAAUUAAUAAUGAAAAACAAUGUGUUAUUGUUAAAUCAUUGAAUGAUAAUGCUGAUGAAAAACAAAAAUUAUUAUUUUGGAAAGAAAUUGAAUUAUUAUCAACAUUAAAUGAUUUUCAUAUAUGUUCAUUAUUGGGUACAUUAAAUAAUCAACGAACAGUGGCUAUAUUUGAAUAUUAUACGCUUGAUUUGUAUCAAUAUCUUCGUCAACAAUCUAUACCAAUGGAUAAUUGUUCAGCAUCAAGUUUUUUAUUAUCAUUAGCAUGUCAAAUUGUAUCUGGAAUGAAAUAUUUAUCAACAAAUCAAAUAAUUCAUCGAGAUUUAGCAGCAAGAAAUUGUUUAAUAUCAACAAUAAAUAAUCAAUUACAUAUAACUGAUAUAGCUAUGGUUAAAUCUGAAUAUGCAAAUGAUUAUGCACGUGUUGGACGUUUACAAUCACGUAUUGCUUUACGAUGGGCUGCAUGGGAAUCGAUAUUUCUUAAUCAAUUUUCUCUUAAAUCAGAUGUUUGGUCAUUUGGUGUAACACUUUAUGAAUUAUACACAUAUGGACGUCAACGUCCUUAUCAUACAUUAACAAAUGAACAACUUGUACAACAAUUUGCUUCUCUUUCACAAGAACAAUUAUCAACAGUACCAUUAAAUACUUUUGUUAUAUUACCAAAACCAGAAUUAUGUUCAAAAGAAAUUUAUGAUAUGAUGUGUGAAUGUUGGCAAAGAGAUUCUAUACAACGACCAUCAUUUGCUGAUAUAUAUACAUUUUUAUUUAGUCGAGCAUCAGGCUCAGCACCAUUGGUAACAGCAGAACAAUUAUAA